GCUGGUAUAAGCAGCUGACCAGAUAACACCUGCUCCCUGUGAAUCAGCCAUACCUUCGGGCCGCAGUUGGGACUUUUAUCAAUCUUCGUUCGGCUCAGGACCAGCUUCUACUUAUAUCCUGGUGGUAUAUAGGUUCAUCGUCAACCAAAGCACUUCACAUGCUAUUCUACCCCCUGCUGUAUUAUGACAGUCAUCGCUGAAGCCACCCUCUCUACUUUUACUCCUGCCAAGGAUCGUCAGUACCAUGAUGUCGAUGGUGCUGCCUACUACCUUCCUGCUGACAAGGAGGAAGCUGAUAGACUGAACGCGCAAUACCUACUACUCAAAGACAUCUUCGGUGGUAAUGCCAUAUAUGCUCCUGUAGCACUUUCGGGCGACGAAUGGGUCCUGGAUAACGGGACUGGGACUGGAGCGUGGAUCAUGGAUGUACGCUCGGCGAUCCCUCCGUCCAUAUCUAUGUACGGAGUAGACCUCCAAACUCGCCUUGUACCGCUGAAUCCGCCCUCCAAUACGCACUUCCUCCAAGGCUCACUCCUCGACCUCCCACGGGACUGGACAGACAGAUUCUCACUCGUUAACCAGCGCUUAUUGGUAGCCGCCCUAUCGCAAGACGACUGGAAGAAGGCUGUGAGUGAAAUAUACCGCGUACUUAAGCCUGGCGGGUGGGUCCAGAUCCUCGAGGUCUCCGGUCGGCUUUUUACACCGGAAGGCCGGACGGACGGGCACGCAGAUAUGUUCAACAACAUCGCGGGCAAGAUUCGAGCGGGUAGAGGCAUCGUUGGAGACUGCUUUGAAGAUAUUCCGGAUCUCUUGCGUGGGCAAGGGUUUCGGAACGUUGCAGUAGUGGAGGAGCGACGGGUGCCGAUGGGGAACAAGCAUGGUCAGGUUGGCGAACGGAUGCUCCGCAAUAUUGUAAGCCUCUACCAAGGCAUGAAGUCCCCCGCCCUUGAUUGUGGAACUGUCAGUUCGGAGAGGGACUUUGACAAAGUUGUGGACGCCUUUGAGGCGCGGUGUAAUGAAUCAGGUGGCAUUGAAACAAGGUGGUACGCGUUUUGCGCACAGAAACCGUAGGAUUAACAUAGCAGCAUGGUACUUUUUGGAAUUCAUAAUUAAUAGGCAUGGUGAUUGUUUCAUCAUUGGUCGCGUU